GUGAGCCAAGAUGGAAAAGCCUUGCUGGAUGUCCUACAGCGUCCCUUGAGCCCUGGGAAUUCUGAAUCCCUCACUGCUACUGCAAACUACUCCAAGGCUGUUCACCAGGUGUUGGAUGUGGUACAUGAAGUCCUGCAUCACCAGCGGCGCCUAGAGAGCAUCUGGCAACACAGAAAGGUCCGGCUACAUCAAAGACUGCAGCUCUGUGUUUUCCAGCAGGAUGUUCAACAGGUACUGGACUGGAUUGAAAAUCACGGGGAAGCUUUUCUGAGUAAACACACAGGAGUGGGGAAGUCUCUACACAGAGCACGUGCACUGCAGAAAAGACACGAUGAUUUUGAAGAGGUAGCACAGAAUACAUACACCAAUGCAGACAAGCUUUUGGAGGCUGCGGAGCAGUUGGCUCAGACUGGGGAAUGUGACCCUGAAGAGAUCUAUAAAGCAGCCCGGCAUCUGGAAGUACGGAUUCAGGACUUUGUCCGGAGAGUGGAACAGAGGAAACUUCUCUUGGACAUGUCAGUCUCCUUCCAUACCCACACCAAAGAGCUGUGGACAUGGAUGGAAGAUCUGCAGAAGGAGCUCUUAGAGGAUGUCUGUGCUGAUUCUGUGGAUGCGGUUCAGGAGCUUAUCAAGCAGUUUCAGCAGCAGCAAACAGCCACCUUGGAUGCUACCCUCAAUGUUAUUAAAGAAGGGGAAGAUCUAAUCCAACAGCUCAGGGACUCCGCUGUUUCCAACAAUAAGACUCCACACAACAGCUCCAUCAGCCACAUUGAAUCUGUCCUUCAGCAGCUCGACGAGGCCCAGGUACAGAUGGAAGAGCUCUUCCACGAGAGAAAGAUUAAGCUAGACAUUUUCCUUCAGCUCCGGAUUUUUGAGCAGUACACCAUUGAG